AUGACGAUGUCCGUUCAUCGAAUAGCUAAACCGUUUCGCACGAUUUCACUGCUUCUGUUGUUACUGGCCCUGCUUGCGGUGUGGGCGUGUGGUCAAUCGGCCGCCCCUCCGGAGGAAAGCGCCGCCCCGGCCUCUGCCACCGAAGCCCCUGCCAGCGUGGAACCCACCGCGGUUCCCGUAGCCACCGAAGUGCCGGCCAUGGCCGAAAGCGAGACCAUGCUCCAUUUGGCCGUGACCCCGCUGCCCCAGGACACCUUCUAUCCUUGGCUCGCCACCAGCAGCGGCCACCUGGUCUUCCGCCCCAUGUGGGAGAAUCUGACCACCAUCGACCCCAAAACCGGCGUCUCGGAAGUCUAUCCUCAACUGGCCCGCGAAUGGGAGGUUAGCCCUGACGCCAGCGAGUACACCUUCCGCUUGCAGGAGGGAGUGCAGUUCCACUUCGGCCACGGCGAGUUCACCGUGAAAGACGUGAUAUUCACCGCCGACCAGCAGAUGUCCGACCCCCUGGCCGGCUGCAAGGCGCAUCUCAGCAGGUUCAUGGGGCGCCGAUUCCAUGACCGAGAUGAUUGA